GAAGGGGGUGUUGUAACCCAAAAAUCCCAUUUGCCCCCAACCCCACCGACACCCAUUUCUAAAAGCAUGUUUUAUUUAUUUUGAUUUCUCCAAAAUUUGUCAGCAUGAUCACAAACAAAGUAGAUUCGGAUAAUUUCACCUAAAAGUUCGAACGGAGCCGAUCAACCAACUCAAUCCCUGUAAAUUUCUGCGCACCUUCCUCCUCAUAAUCAUUGUUUUAGCUUCCCCACCCCCAUAAUAAUGUCUUCUUCAUUUGGCCUUUUCCUCAAUCCAACACUUCACUCAAAAAUCAAAGUUUUUAUCCCAUUCAAUCCACAAUGUUUCUUAAUCGAAGUGGGUGUCCAAGGAAAAAAAGGGUCUUAUCAGUGGAAAAUCACUCUUCGAUAUCAUAAAUUGACAGCAAUUUAUUUAUAAUUUGGCACAAAUUUUAUUUAUUUUUGUUUGUUGCCAUGAAUCAUGAUGGAGUAGGGGUGUUCGUUACGUGAGAAAGAGCCAAGAGGGGGGAAGAGGAAAGGGGGAGUGGCCGUACGGUAACGGAAGGGGUGCAGUACAACGGGCCAAUAUGGGUGACUCACUGACUCAGAGAAGAGGACAAGGAGGGGGGUUGGACCCACAAGUGAAGAGUCGAGGACGCGCUUUCCAUGGACCCCACUAGGGUCGUGGCUCUUACAACUCUGGGCUUCAACCCACCUCUCUAGGUUCUGGUUCUUUUUCUCUGUUCUGGUUUGCAGCCAAACCAAGAUUACCCACUUUCUAAGGAAUUUCACCGCGAAGCAUCUUGCUAAGACGCAGCCAAAUUCAGAUAUGGGUUGAUAGGAGAGUUGGAUAAUGUCGCAGAAGCGCCACGCCGAGGAUGGGAAGGCUCGAUCGGAGGGGGGUUGUCCCGAGGAUAAGAAGAGAAAGGUUCCUAGUUUGAAAAAUGCAAUUCUGGAAGUAAUGAAGAUGCAGUCAUCGGUCCAGCAUUUGAUGGAGCCGAUUCUGGAGCCUUUGAUUCGUAAAGUGGUAAAAGAGGAAGUUGAAACGGCUCUGAGAAAGCAUUUAAGCAAUAUGAAGCGGAAUUUCGAGAAGGAGUUACAUCCUUUUGAAUCAAGAAGCUUACAAUUACAAUUCUCAAAUGCUCUCUCUCUUCCAGUAUUCACUGGUACUCGAAUUGAAGGGGAAGAAUGCUCUUCCAUUCAAGUUGCUUUAGUUGAUGGUCUUACUGGGGAAGUUGUUAAGUCUGGGCCUGAAUCCUCAGCAAGGGUUGAAAUAGUAGUCCUUGAGGGAGAUUUUGAUGGUGAUGAAGGAGACAAUUGGACACUUGAAGAGUUUAAGAAUAACAUUGUUAGAGAAAGGGAAGGAAAGAAACCCCUACUUACAGGGGAUGCAUUUUUAAAUCUUAAAGAUGGCGUUGGUUUUGUUAGUGAGAUCUCCUUUACUGAUAAUUCAAGCUGGACAAGAAGCCGGAAGUUCAGGCUAGGGGCAAGAGUUGUGGAUAACUCUGAUGGAACUAGAAUACGAGAAGCAAAGACAGAAUCAUUCAUUGUCAGGGAUCACCGGGGAGAAUUGUACAAGAAGCACCACCCUCCAUCUCUGAUGGACGAAGUGUGGCGAUUAGAGAAGAUUGGCAAAGAUGGAGCUUUCCACAAGCGUUUGAGUAGGGAAAGCAUCACUACUGUAAAGGAUUUUCUGACUCUACUCUAUUUAGACUCACCAAGGCUCCGAAAUAUCCUUGGCACAGGUAUGUCAACUAAGAUGUGGGAAGUCACUGUGGAACAUGCUCGGACGUGUGUAAUUGAUAAGAGGAUUUAUAUGUACUGUCCUCCUGGCCCUCAGCAAAAAUCUGGUGUGGUUUUCAAUACUGUGGGACAACUGAUGGGGCUGCUUUCAGAAUGCCAGUACAUUCCCAAUGAUAAGCUGUCUGAAACUGAAAAGGUUGAGGCCCAUAACUUGAUCAGUACUGCAUUUAAACGCUGGGGAGAAGUUGUCUCUUUUGAGGAUGAGAGCUCUCUUACGGGUGGUUCUUCACAUUUAACAGACGUUCAUCACCCAAGCUCACCCAGAACGGAGAGUUCAAAUGGCAGCAAAUUUCUGACUUCUCACAACAUUGGUGGAUUUGAUUAUCCACAUCCUAGUGCCCCAUCCCCAGAUAUGAUUCCCUAUAGUUUGGAUGAUUAUCCCUUGCACACCAUUGACAAUAUGGAUCUUAGAUAUGAUCAGGCCUUAAGUUUCCCAGGCCAAGUGACCAGCUCAAUGAUCUGUGAUACAGAGUCCAUGACUCAGGCUUUCUGUGAUGAUAAUCAUCUGGGAUUUUUUGAUGACCUUCAAUCACAAACCAAACCACAGUCCCAUCUACAGAGUGCUGUCAAUGGCGAUCUACACAGUGCUGUCAGUGGUUUUCUCAUCACUCGUUCUGCAACAAUUGAAGCACAAAGGAGGUGGAGAAUGCUAGUAACCGUCAUGAAGUUUUCAAUAUGUAUGAAUGUGGCUUUGAAGAAGACCCACCUUCGAGCUAUGCACAGAUACAGUUGAUGGGCUGUUGGAAUAAACGGUUUGGAUCACCAUUACAAAUAUGGUGGUACAGUGUUUGCUGCCCGGCUGAGCUUUGUGCACAGUUGUAGCGUGAGACAAUUUGGAAACCUUAUUUUGAUGUGUAGAUAUGCAGCCAGUCUAGAAAGGUGAUAGUUCCGCUAGAUGGAAGUUAGAAGAUGCAUAUUUCUUUUCAGUUUAAGUUGUGAAUAGGUAGAUGUUUUUCACAGAGAAGGUCUCUGCUUGUGGAUACUUCAGUAGAAGCUCAAAAAACUGAACCACAAUGCUUAAAAUUCACUAGCUUUCAUGCUGGAUCAUCUUUUUUGUAUGGAAGCGUUUACUUAAUAAAUGCUACUUUUCAAUA